GAGGGCUGGCCAGUGAGGCUCGGCCCGGGGAAAGUGAAAGUUUGCCUGGGUCCUCUCGGCGCCAGAGCCGCUCUCCGCAUCCCGGGACAGCGGUGCGGCCCUCGGCCGGGGCGCCCACUCCGCAGCAGCCAGCGAGCGAGCGAGCGAGCGAGCGAGGGCGGCCGACGCGCCCGGCCGGGACCCAGCUGCCCGUAUGACCGCGCCGGGCGCCGCCGGGCGCUGCCCUCCCACGACAUGGCUGGGCUCCCUGCUGUUGUUGGUCUGUCUCCUGGCGAGCAGGAGUAUCACCGAGGAGGUGUCGGAGUACUGUAGCCACAUGAUUGGGAGUGGACACCUGCAGUCUCUGCAGCGGCUGAUUGACAGUCAGAUGGAGACCUCGUGCCAAAUUACCUUUGAGUUUGUAGACCAGGAACAGUUGAAAGAUCCAGUGUGCUACCUUAAGAAGGCAUUUCUCCUGGUACAAGACAUAAUGGAGGACACCAUGCGCUUCAGAGAUAACACCCCCAAUGCCAUCGCCAUUGUGCAGCUGCAGGAACUGUCUUUGAGGCUGAAGAGCUGCUUCACCAAGGAUUAUGAAGAGCAUGACAAGGCCUGCGUCCGAACUUUCUAUGAGACACCUCUCCAGUUGCUGGAGAAGGUCAAGAAUGUCUUUAAUGAAACAAAGAAUCUCCUUGACAAGGACUGGAAUAUUUUCAGCAAGAACUGCAACAACAGCUUUGCUGAAUGCUCCAGCCAAGAUGUGGUGACCAAGCCUGAUUGCAACUGCCUGUACCCCAAAGCCAUCCCUAGCAGUGACCCGGCCUCUGUCUCCCCUCAUCAGCCCCUCGCCCCUUCUGUGGCCCCUGUGGCUGGCUUGACCUGGGAGGACUCUGAGGGAACUGAGGGCAGCUCCCUCUUGCCUGGUGAGCAGCCCCUGCACACAGUGGAUCCAGGCAGUGCCAAGCAGCGGCCACCCAGGAGCACCUGCCAGAGCCUUGAGCCGCCAGAGACCCCAGUUGUCAAGGACAGCACCAUCGGUGGCUCACCACAGCCUCGCCCCUCUGUCGGGGCCUUCAACCCCGGGAUGGAGGAUAUUCUUGACUCUGCAGUGGGCACUAGUUGGGUCCCAGAAGAAGCCUCUGGAGAGGCCAGUGAGAUUCCCGUACCCCAAGGGACAGAGCUUUCCCCCUCCAGGCCAGGAGGGGGCAGCAUGCAGACAGAGCCCGCCAGACCCAGCAACUUCCUCUCAGCAUCUUCUCCACUCCCUGCAUCAGCAAAGGGCCAACAGCCGGCAGAUGUAACUGGUACCGCCUUGCCCAGGGUGGGCCCCGUGAGGCCCACUGGCCAGGACUGGAAUCACACCCCCCAGAAGACAGACCAUCCAUCUGCCCUGCUCAGAGACCCUCCGGAGCCAGGCUCUCCCAGGAUCUCAUCACUGCGCCCCCAGGGCCUCAGCAACCCCUCCACCCUCUCUGCUCAGCCACAGCUUUCCAGAAGCCACUCCUCGGGCAGCGUGCUGCCCCUUGGGGAGCUGGAGGGCAGGAGGAGCACCAGGGAUCGGAGGAGCCCCGCAGAGCCAGAAGGAGGACCAGCAAGUGAAGGGGCAGCCAGGCCCCUGCCCCGUUUUAACUCCGUUCCUUUGACUGACACAGGCCAUGAGAGGCAGUCCGAGGGAUCCUCCAGCCCGCAGCUCCAGGAGUCUGUCUUCCACCUGCUGGUGCCCAGUGUCAUCCUGGUCUUGCUGGCCGUCGGAGGCCUCUUGUUCUACAGGUGGAGGCGGCGGAGCCAUCAAGAGCCUCAGAGAGCGGAUUCUCCCUUGGAGCAGCCAGAGGGCAGCCCCCUGACUCAGGAUGACAGACAGGUGGAACUGCCAGUGUAGAGGGAAUUCUAAGGUAAGAUUCUGAUUUUGAUCUCCACUCCUAAAACUUACCUAUACCCUUUUCCAGUCACGCUCACCUGUUGGUGACACCAAUUCCCCUGAGGCCCCCACACUGACUCCCAUGCCUCUCUCCAGUUCCCUUUCCAUACAUCGCCAGCCAGGUCCAGCCACCCUCUCCUUUCCAGGUCCUCAGCUAUCCCCCCGCCCCUCCAUUCCAUCCACCCCCGCUGAGGCCAGGGACUAUUACCUCUGCAUUGGGCUUCUAGUGUUGCUGCCACCUUUGACCUCAGAGCAACUAAAGCCCCCUUUUUCAAAUGUGGCCUUUAUAAGGUCUUUACCCUCCUGGAGAAUCUUCAGUAGCUCUGUGUGGCAGCCACUGCAAGCCCUAUAUUCUUGGCUUGGCUGACAAGCCCCUCCGACAGCAGCUGCUUGCCAGAUCGCCACCCCCGCACCAGUUAACCCUCCUCCCCAGCUGAUGUCAGUUCUGCUUCCUUGCUUUUAGGAUCAUGUUGACAUAGAACCUGAGUCUUGGAAGGGCUCUCAGGGGUCAUUUGGCCCUGGUUCCCACCCCAAAGGGACUGCCCCUCUCCAUGUCCCCGACAGGGAGCCAGCCAGCUGGCUGUCACACACUCCCAGAUCCAGCCCAGUUCCCUGCCUAGCCACGGCCCAUGCCAUCUUCCAGUCAGACUGGGAGAAACGUCUUCCUCAUGCGAGGCAAAACUGGCUUCCCUGCCCCCUCCAUACUGCUCCUCCGUCCUGUUCUCAGGAAAACCCUCAGAUAUUUCAAGUCAGGUAUCCAUGUCCCCUUUGAGAAUUAUCUAAGCUAAGUAUGGCCAAGUCCCUCAAACGUUCCUUAUAUGAUAUGGUUUUCAGACCCCUCACCAUCCUGGACACACUCGUUUGUCAAUGUCCCUCUGAAAAUGUGGCGCCCAGCCCCGGACACAGUACUCCAGAUGUUGUCUGACCAGCUCAGAGAGAGUACAGUGGGACUGUUACCUUCCUUGAUAUGGACAGUAUUCUUCUAUUUGUGCAGAUUAAGAUUGCAUUAGUUUUUUUCUUAACAACUGCAUCAUACUGUUGUCAUAUGUUGAGCUUGUGGUCUAUUAAAACCCCUAGUUCCAUUUCCCAUAAACUUCUGUCAAGCCAGACCAUCUCUACCCUGUACUUGGACAACUUAACUUUUUUAACCAAAGUGCAGUUUAUAUUCACCUUUGUUAAAGCCACCUUGUUGGUUUCUGCCCAUCACCUGAACCUAUUGAAGUUGUGUGAAAUCCUAAUUCUGUCAUCUCCAUAGCCCUCCCAGUUGUGCCUCCUGCACAUUGAUGAGUGCCUGCUGUUGUCUUUGCCCAUGUUGUUGAUGUAGCUGUGACCCUAUUGUUCCUCACCCCUGCCCCCCGCCAACCCCAGCUGGCCCACCUCUUCCCCCUCCCACCCAAGCCCACAGCCAGCCCAUCAGGAAGCCUUCCUGGCUUCUCCACAACCUUCUGACUGCUCUUUUCAGUCAUGCCCCUCCUGCUCUUUUGUAUUUGGCUAAUAGUAUAUCAAUUUGCACUUAUUUGGAUGUUGUUUUCAUAUUUUUUAAAAUCUUAUUUUGUAUGUAUUGUACAUUCCACAUCCCUAAGAUUGUAAGCCCCUUGAGGGCAGGGACUGUCUUCCACUUUUUUUGUGUUUCUUUUUCCAUCUUGGGUUCUACUAAGAGAGAGCCUCUCCACAUUUGCCAAACAGGCAAUAAAUGUUGACUGACUGGCUUCAGGGCUGACUCACGGACUGACCCUGGCCAGCUGUCCCUAACUGACCAGCCUCUAGCUGACCAGUUAACCAGCUAACUGACUGACUCUGACUGACUGGCUGACCAGCUGGCUGGGUGAAUGACUAACCAACCAACUAUCUUGGUAACUGCCUAACUGACCAGCUGUUGCUUGGGGAGCCCAUUGAGCAACUGACUAGCUGAUUGCCUGGCUAAUUGGCUGGUUGGCUGACUAGCUGGGGUGACCCAGUCAAGUUUCCAGUCACACCCUUUACCAAGUGCAAGCCAGUGCCGCAGGGCUCUCCCACGUGUGGAGUGACAGGUCUGGGCCCCUUCUAGAGAGAUAGGGAAUUUGGCAAAUGCUCAAAACCAGGGGAACCUAUUUAGACAAGAGCCAGCAGUAACAACAUAUCUGGAAUCCUGGGGUCUACCUUGUCAGUGGGGUGGGCUAAGAUGGGUGAGUGGGUCAGCUGGGGCACUGGCAAGACUGUGAAAUGACCCAGGCCUCCUCAGAACUGGUUGCUGGUGGCUCAGUGCCACAACACCCUUCCCACUGGUCACCUGUCCCCAAACCCCUCGCCGUGGUCUCGGCCCUCUGUCCCACACCUCUACACGCCCACCCUCCUUUCCCCACUUGCUUAUUCUCAGGCCGGUCCCAAGCUUUCCUCUUCCCCCUCAAGAUUUCACUUGGAGAGGGAAUCCGGGGCAGCGGCUACAUCCAGAUCCCACUUGGCCCGGCAGGUCCAGCCCUAAGGUGGUGUCCAGGCCAGGCACCAGUGGCCUUGGAGAGAUUUGAGUGCCAGCCCCUAGAGUGACUGCUUGCUGUGAUUUGAGAAGUGAGAGAGAGAAACAUAGAGGCAGAGACUGAGAUAGGGACCCAGAGCCACAGAAAUGCAGACACCAGCACCUCAGCCCUAAGCAGCUAGAAGAUGGGGCAGCAGGCUGGAACUCGCCCACUGGGUCCUUCUCCCCUCCUGGGCCCUAGCUGGGCCUGUGGCCUGGCUGUACCCAGCAUGGCUCAUGUCCAGUUUAUGGUUCCCCUUCUUUCCCUCUAGAGCAUGGGAAUGGGCAGGGAGCCAGAGGCUGUGGUUCCAUCUUCCCUCCUUACCCAGUAGGGCCUAUGGAUGUUAGGGAGGGAGGCUCCACACAAGGUCCAAAGUCAAACUGUUGGAUGGGGUCCAGGGGAUUUCUGCUCUGGGAACAAAGCGUCCUGAGGAUGCUGGGCAAGAGGACAAGGAUGGGGGUGGAGGGGGAGAGGACAAGGCCCUGACUCCCAUGGAUGAUGCGGGAGGCAAGGCCCUCAGCCCAUCCAGGAGGGGCUGGGUUGCUUAGGGGUCGCGUGCCAAACGACAGUGUGGGAAUUUCCUUGUCCUGGCACUGCCUCUAGACUUUUCCUCUCUGGCCCAAGUUCUUCCUCUUCAGCUAGCUCUGCCCUACUGUCUUGAACAUCAUAUGUGAUGCCCCUCUGAUGAAUGCUGUGGAAGUGGAAAUGAAAGAUUCUUCUUUGCUAGUGUUAGCAGGAAUCACCCUUUGUUCACUGGACCAAGGCCAAUGAGAUGACCUUGCCUGAGGAGGGGUCAAAAGACAUUCAAGUGCCCGCUUCGCUCCUUGUCAGAGCCCUCUGCUUGAGCAGUAACCCCUCUUCCCAGCCCUGCCCAGACCUCUCCCGGGCCCCAUUAUCUUCCACUGAGGCCCUGAUUCCCUAGGAGGAGGUAGGAGGUGAGGCCAGUUUGGCCAGAGGCCUGGGCUGGUGCCAGAGAAAGCCGCCUGGUCUCUCUGUGGUGUCUGGAAAGGCCAGGGAAGGGAGGAAAGGAAGUCCCGCCUGCAGCACCGCCAGCAGCCCACAGGAAUGCCACACCUCCCAAUCCAUGUCCUCAACGACCCUCCCCGCAUUCCCACUCUGCUGACUAGCCUUUCCUUCUCUCCCACAGCUGGACGCACAGAACAGUCUCUCCGUGGGAGGAGACAUUAUGGGGCGUCCACCACCACCCCUCCCUGGCCAUCCUCCUGGAAUGUGGUCUGCCCUCCACCAGAGCUCCUGCCUGCCAGGACUGGACCAAAGCAGCCAGGCUAGGGCCCCUCUGUCUCAACCCGCAGACCCUUGACUGAAUGAGAGAGGCCAGAGGAUGCUCCCCAUGCUGCCACUAUUUAUUGUGAGCCCUGGAGGCUCCCAUGUGCUUGAGGAAGGCUGGUGAGCCCGGCUCAGGACCCUCUUCCCUCAGGGGCUGCACCCUCCUCUCACUCCCUUCCAUGCCGGAACCCAGGCCAGGGACCCACCGGCCUGUGGUUUAUGGGAAAGCAGGGUGGGCGCUGAGGAGUGAAAGAACCCUGCACCCAGAGGCCUGCCUGGUGCCAAGGUAUCCCAGCCUGGACAGGCAUGGACCUGUCUCCAGAGAGAGGAGCCUGAAGUUCGUGGGGCGGGACAACGUCGGCCUGAUUUCCCGUAAAGGUGUGCAGCCUGAGAGACGGGAAGAGGAGGCCUCUGGACCUGCUGGUCUGCACUGACAGCCUAAAGGGUCUACACCCUCGGCUCACCUAAGUGCCCUGUGCUGGUUGCCAGGCGCAGAGGGGAGGCCAGCCCUGCCCUCAGGACCUGCCUGACCUGCCAGUGCCAAGAGGGGGAUCAAGCACUGGCCUCUGCCCCUCCUCCUUCCAGCACCUGCCAGAGCUUCUCCAGGAGGCCAAGCAGAGGCUCCCCUCAUGAAGGAAGCCAUUGCACUGUGAACACUGUACCUGCCUGCUGAACAGCCUGCCCCCGUCCAUCCAUGAGCCAGCAUCCGUCCGUCCUCCACUCUCCAGCCUCUCCCCAGCCUCCUGCACUGAGCUGGCCUCACCAGUCGACUGAGGGAGCCCCUCAGCCCUGACCUUCUCCUGACCUGGCCUUUGACUCCCCGGGGUGGAGUGGGGUGGGAGAACCUCCUGGGCCGCCAGCCAGAGCCGGUCUUUAGGCUGUGUUGUUCGCCCAGGUUUCUGCAUCUUGCACUUUGACAUUCCCAAGACGGAAGGGACUUGUGGGAGAGAGCAAGGGAGGGGAGGGCACAGACAGAGAGGCUGCAGGGCGAGCUCUGACUGAAGAUGGGCCUUUGAAAUAUAGGUAUGCACCUGAGGUUGGGGGAGGGUCUGCACUCCCAAACCCCAGCCCAGUGUCCUUUCCCUGCUGCCGACAGGAACCUGGGGCUGAGCAGGUUAUCCCUGUCAGGAGCCCUGGACUGGGCUGCAUCUCAGCCCCACCUGCAUGGUAUCCAGCUCCCAUCCACUUCUCACCCUUCUUUCCUCCUGACCUUGGUCGGCAGUGAUGACCUCCAACUCUCACCCACCCCCUCUACCAUCACCUCUAACCAGGCAAGCCAGGGUGGGAGAGCAAUCAGGAGAGCCAGGCCUCAGCUUCCAAUGCCUGGAGGGCCUCCACUUCGUGGCCAGCCUGUGGUGGUGGCUCUGAGGCCUAGGCAACGAGCGACAGGGCUGCCAGUUGCCCCUGGGUUCCUUUGUGCUGCUGUGUGCCUCCUCUCCUGCCGCCGUUUGUCCUCCACUAAGAGACCCUGCCCUACCUGGCCACUGGGCCCGUGACUUUCCCUUCCUGCCCAGGAAAGUGAGGGUCGGCUGGCCCCACCUUCCCUGUCCUGAUGCUGACAGCUUAGGGAAGGGCAGUGAACUUGCAUAUGGGGCUUAGCCUUCUAGUCACAGCCUCUAUAUUUGAUGCUAGAAAACACAUAUUUUUAAAUGGAAGAAAAAAAAAAGGCAUUCCCCCUUCAUCCCCCUACCUUAAACAUAUAAUAUUUUAAAGGUCAAAAAAGCAAUCCAACCCACUGCAGAAGCUCUUUUUGAGCACUUGGUGGCAUCAGAGCAGGAGGAGCCCCAGAGCCACCUCUGGUGUCCCCCCAGGCUACCUGCUCAGGAACCCCUUCUGUUCUCUGAGAAGUCAAGAGAGGACAUUGGCUCACGCACUGUGAGAUUUUGUUUUUAUACUUGGAAGUGGUGAAUUAUUUUAUAUAAAGUCAUUUAAAUAUCUAUUUAAAAGAUAGGAAGCUGCUUAUAUAUUUAAUAAUAAAAGAAGUGCACAAGCUGC